UUUUUUGAACUAAAAAAAAUCAAACUGUAAGACCAACACAACUACGCGAUGAGUUUGAGUAAACUUUUUGCUGGUAGGAAGAGGAAUAGUUCAGUAUGGAAAUGGUUUAAAUACGAUGCGUCAUCCGACAAAUCAGUAUGUUUAGUUUUACUUGAUGGUGAAAAAGUAUGCAAUACAAAGUUGUGUGGAAAGAACCCAACAAAUCUUAAACUACAUUUAGCAAGAAACCAUAAGUCUGUACACGUUGAGCUGGAAGAGUCGGAAUUAAAGAAAUUAAGUGAAAAAAAGCAAACAGGGAUAAAGAGAAAAGCAGUGGAUGAAAAUGGCCCCAAUCUUUUAGAAUCGUCCUCAAAUCAGAACCAGACCUUGAUUCAAUGCAUUAAUCGUAGGAAUACCGCAUGGCCUAUUAAUUCACACGAGCAUAAAAUUCGACUAAACUCUCUUAUUCAAAUGAUAAUUGCAACAUGUAAUCCAGUGACAUUGGUGGAUAAUGCGAGUUUUAAAAAGUUAGUUAAUACCUUGGAUUAUAAAUUUUCAUUGCCUGCUUCUGCCAAAAUUACUAGCCUACUUAAUGAAGAAUUUUCUGUUUUAACGAGAAAACUUCGUGACUUCAUAUCUGAAGGCAGGCGCUUCACAAUAUGCCUUGAUGGCUGGACUAAAAAAGGUCUUACUGCGUCCUUUUUAGGAAUUUCGGUUUGUUUUUUUCACUUCAAAUCCGAAAAACCAAUACAUGCUCUGCUUAAUUUGUAUCUUGUGAAACAUCCACAUACAGGUGAACAAAUUGCUAAUUGUUUUGAAAAAUGCCUAAAAUAUUGGAAUAUUUCCAGAGAAAAAAUAUUGCUUGUUAUUUCGGACAAUGGAGCAAACAUGGUCAAAGGCAUAAAGUUGUCGAGAAUGAAAGCUCAAGCUGAACGUGAUAUACUUAUUGAAUUAGAAAGUGAGGUUAAUGAAGAGCAGAUAACAGAUCUGGAAAACGAUGAGAAUAUGACAAAUAGUGAAGAGUGGGAACAUGUUGACUUGAUAGUUGAUGUAAUAGAAAACGUAGCAUUUAGAAGAUUGGGAUGCAUUGCACAUGUUAUACAGCUAGUUGUAAAACUUGCAUAUGAUGGUAAAUAUCAUGGCUUACUUUUGAAGGUACGUGGAUUAGUGGGAAAAGUUCGCAAAUCUUCUGUUGCAUUGGAAAAAAUUAUCAACAAAUGUGGUAAGACUGUGAUCAGCGACUGUUCUACAAGAUGGAACAGCACUUACUUUAUGGUUCGGAGAUUUCUGGAAAUAAAGACAUCUAUCAACGAAGUGCUUGGAGACCUUAACAUUUAUUCACUUGCCAAUAGCGAAUGGAUAAUGCUUCAGGAUUUUGUCAAUCUUUUAGAACCUUUUGCCAAUGAAACUGAUGUUCUUCAGACGGAUGCACUUUCACUAUCCAGUGUUAUACCUUCAAUACUUAAUUUAGAAUGUCACCUUGAGCAAUUUGGAGAUGCCAAAGAUGUAGCAGUUAAAAUGCUUGAAGAUCUACGCCGUCGUUUUGCCGUUCUUUUGCAGCCAAACGAUCCUAAUUUUAAUCCACUGCCAUGUGCCGCAUGUCUACUUGACCACACAUGUGCAAUAGCUCUUUUAGGUAUUGAGCAUACACAAAUCAGAGAGUGUGCAAAGAAAUACAUUUUGUCAGAGGCUAAAAAAUCGGUGCAACAUGAUUUACCUUUACGAGUAGAAAAAAUAAAGCUUAUUCCAGGUAAUGAAGCACAAAAUGAACUCAACAAAUAUUUUAUUGAAAUAAGGAACAGCUCUAUGUGCCAAAAUGCUUUAAAUUUCUGGAAGAUGAGACGUGCUGUUUAUCCACAUAUUGCACCAUUAGCUGAAGACCUCAUUGCAGCUCCUGCAACUCAAGCAUAUGUUGAAAGACUUUUUUCAAUCUGUGGCUUGCUCACAAAUGGACGGAGAAAUCGAAUCACACCUCAAAUAUUAACAAAUGAGCCUGAUAAUAUAAGUGAAACAAUGGAAAACCACAUUUUAGCAGAUAGUAAUGGGGAUAACAUCAAAGCUGAGUUUGUGAUAGAUUCUACCACUAACAACUGCAGUCAAGCAAGUUGUAGUUUGGAUUCUAAUAUAGGUGCCAUAUCCUCGCUAGACAGUCUACUCAGUUAUUUGCAGAAACAUUACGCUAUUGAUCUAGUAAAGCAGCAACUAGGGGAAAACCUUGUUAAUAAUAGUGAUUUAUGUCAACUUUUAAAUUGUGAUUUGAUUGUAGAAAAAGUUUUAUCUGUGGUCAAUUCUAGCAAAAAGCUUAUAUCAUUUUGUAAGUCAAACUUAGGUCUUAUUUUGCCAGUUGAAAUAAAUUUACACUACGUAAAUGAAAACCAACGUGAAUAUGGUUUAAAAAAACAAAGCUGUGAAACUUUUCAGUAUAUGCCCAUUUUGCCAUUAUUAAAAAAGUUAGUCGAAAAUGAGCUUAUUUGGCAUUCAAUGAAACAAAAACUUGAAAAAGAUGAGUCAAUUAAUAAAGACUUGCUAUAUUCAUAUUCAGAUGGUUUAAAUUGUGUAUUCUAA